AUGUCCAAACGUGCUCAUCAACAAGAUCCACUCGCUUCAGAAGCAGAAAGCAGCCAUACCAAACGUGCCCGCUCCGAUAAAGAACAACAGCACGCUUCUGACUGUACGGACGAAAACUGCACGGGUUGUGCAGUAGGCGAAGUGGAGAUCUCCUUUGUUCGUAAAGAUGCCGAGGGACAGUCCGUCGAAGGCAGUGAGCCUACUGCUCAAGAACUGUUAGCCAUGGCCAUUGAUGAAGCGGCCCAUAGUGACGCCACUGAGGAUGACCAAGGUCAUCAUAAGCAAGUGGUGCGUCGACUGUUUGAUAUGACGAUUGAAAAGUUUCAAAAGGACGAGCCUGACAACCGCGUCGGAUAUGCUACUUGUCUGGUAGAGUUGGGCAAAGCGCUUCAAGUGGAGGAAAGCAUCAGUGAAGGUCUCGAAAUAUUACGUGGUGAACUGAAGACAAAGCGUAAGGAGGAGACGUCCGAAGAAAAUGUGGAUGACAUUUUACUGAAAUCAGCAGGUGCUGCUAUCACAUUGGCUGCUUCGAAGCGUAAAAGCCAAGAAGCCUAUUUUGCAGAACGAGAAAAGGAGCUCCAGAACGAGAAUGGCGAGAUCACUGAUGAAGUAGCAUUUGAGGAGCUUUUACAAAAGCAAGAGCAAGUGAGUAAAGAUGAAAUCAAAUUGUACAAGGAAGCGAUCGAAUACACCACGGACGCAUUUGCCAUCUUAAAAUUCGAGGACGAAUCGAACGUGAAGAAAGCACAGACAGUGUUGCAUGAAUUAAGAGCUUAUGGACAGCUUUUAUCUAACCCAGCUCACAAGGAGCAUUCAGAAACGGUUUUGCACACAGUGAUAGACCUGAUCAAGAAAUUCCCUGCUUAUAAAGAGAAUGAUGAAUUAUUGACGAUCUGGGCAGCUUGUAUUCUGCACACCGAGAAAUUUUUGGAAGAGGAUGACGUGAAAGGCAAGAAAGCAGUAUUUCAGAAAGCCGAGGAAUUAUUAGAGCAGUCAAAUACAUUACAUAAGAAAAAGCAUGGCAAGGAGAACGCUUGGGUGUGGGAAAUGUUUGCUAUGCUUCGUAUCAAUCAAUCCAACAUGGCUGAAGAUGAAGAUGAAGCUUUAGAUUUGUAUGAUGAAGCCAUCCAUGCGUUCAAGAAGGCACAUGAAAUGAGACCAGAUGACCAACGGUUAGGCAAUAUGGUAAAUAUGCUAGAGGGUCUUCAAGCACAAGCAGCUGCAGAUGACGAAGAAGAAGAAGAAGAAGAAGAAGAUUGA